CCCACUCUUUAAAUACAAUUCAACCAAUAAAAACUUUAUAUUCGGACGCCGGGAUCAGGGCCAAUAUAGUAAAGCGUUCUAGGCAGAAAUGUGGGUCCUAUGAUCUUAAAUACCUAAUUAGGCUAGCGGGACAGAUUUACAUAUAGAUUGGGUAGAUUUUUUUCCAGCCGCCCAUCCUGCCCACGAAGUGGGCCAUUCAAUUCAUACCUGCCCAGAAUGGUGGCGAAGCCAUCCCCCCCCCCCAAAGUCUUGGGCGGUAAACCACUUUUUUUGCUGGGUAUUCAUAUCAACCACCAGUACCAUGUCUACCAUAACAAUGAUAGGCGCGAAAGCGCUAGAGAAGCCGUAUGGAAUGAGAAAAAAUGGCAUGCAAUGGGCGCCCGCAAAGAAAGCAUUCCGGCCAACAGGCGGCCUGACGCCAUAUGACCAGCGCGCAAAGCUACGAGUCGCCCAGACGGCAAUGAAGGCCAAGGAGAAGGAGAUGAAGGAGGAGAAGGAGGGAGAGCGACAGAGACGGAUAACGGCUAUCAAAGCGAGCAAGGCGGUAAAGGAGGAGAAGGAGCGGUUCGAGAAGCUGGCCGAGAAGAUGCAUAAGAAGAGAGUCGAGAGGCUAAAGCGCAAGGAGAAGCGCAACAAAAUGAUCAACUCAUAAACAGAGACUCAAAGAACCCAACAUACACCGCCCGUCCCACUACUGCUUGCUUGCCUCUGCCUAUGCUGGACGACCCUCCCUGCCGAGUUACGUGGACUUGUGGGCUUGGGUUGUCUGGUCUAACGAGGCUGAGGCGGUCGAGGACCAGAGACGCGCACCUCUUCGACUCGG